AGGCGCUGCUCUGUCUGACUGAUUACACCACUUCACUCCGACAAGACAAAAGUCACAAAACUCCAUUUGGGCCGCCGACACAUCGUCGAUAGACCGACAUAUCAUAAAUUAAUUCCUAAAAGAUUUUUCUUGGUCAAGCCCAAUGUAGUAGUAGUAUAUAAUCAUCCUUGACAAUGUACAAACUCAGUACAAGCACGUCUCAGUGUCCAUACUUACUUAGUGACUACUCCAAACAUAAGAAUAUGCCAAACACUAGCAGCUCUCAAAGCUUCACUAGUUUCGUUACUGGUUGGUUAAUCCGUCACAGGUAUUUCGUCGAACAGCUUACGUGCGCUUCCUCCUUGGAUGAAACUAACCGUAUCUCUCUCGAAGAACAACAAUCGCUUGUGACCCAGUUUCUUUCUCACUGUCUUCAAUACUACCAAGAGAAAUUCGCCGCCGUUUCCGUCGCCGGUGACAACGUUUUCACGUUCUUCUGCCCACCGUGGUUUAACUCCUACGCUAAACUCAUUCUCUGGGUCGGCGAUUUCAAGCCUUCUCUUGUGUUUAAACUCACCGAGGUCUCCGUGGACAACCUCACGCGCCACCAGAAAGACCGGAUCUCGAGUCUUAAGUCGGAGACUAUGAGGAAAGAGAGAGAAGUGAUGCGAGAUUUCGCCCUCGUGCAACAGAGUGUGGCGGAUCCGCCGGUGAUGCUUGCGGCGAGGCGCGUCGGAGCUGUGGGAAUGGUGGACGGAGAAGAAUCGGAUUUGGAGGAGGCGAUGGAGGUGCUUAAAGCUGGGAUGGCGGCGGCGAUGAACAACGCAGAUCAGCUACGGUGUUCGACGGUGGGGAAAGUGGUGGAGAUUCUUACUCCGCCGCAAGCGAUUAAAGUGUUGAAGACAAUCGGAGAGCUUCACCUCCGUCUGAGAGAAGUGAAUUCGGAGAGAGACCACCAAAGAGCUUAAAAAAUAAGACAUUUGCUUUGCUUUGCGUUGCUUCUUCAACAACAAUGGAGUCAUGACCAAUUUUUGUGUUUCGGGGUCAUCCACUUGAUCCUGAGAUUUAGAUUUCCUUUUGAUGAUUUAUGAUUUUAAAAAGAUUUGAGAAGAAUUGGGCUGUUUUGUUUGUAGUGGUUUAAGUGAUAUGAUGUCUUGUUUUGUUUUAUUUUUGGCUUCGUUUCUUCCUUAAA